AUGGAUCCCAAACAGUUUGGCAGCUCGACACUUCCCUAUCGACAUGAGCCAACUGGACCGUUAGCAGAUGAAUGUCUGGUAGGCGCUAAUAAAGGCAGACUAGCGGUCGUCACCGGCGCGGGUAGAGGUAUUGGGCAAGCUAUCGCCAUUGCGUUGGCAAAGUCGUCUGCAAACGUUGCCAUUCUCGACCUCAGUGUUGAAAGCCAAGAGGAAACAAAGCUUGCAUGUCAAAAAUUCGAAGGUGUCAAGGUUGAAGCCUAUAAAUGUGACAUUACAGACGUUCAAGCCGUUCGAGCUACAUUUGCCGCCAUCGAUCGAGCUUUUGGGCCAGUCGACAUUCUUGUCAACAACGCUGGUGUAGCUCAUGGAAAACUUGCUUUCGAGGAAACCUUUGAGAACUUUUGGAAAGCCAUCGAAAUCAAUUUCAAAGGCACGAUGCUAUGUAUCUAUGAGGUAUUGCAAAGUAUGCGCGAAAGAAAGUCUGGUUGCAUCAUCAACAUGGCUUCACGGGCAGCAACAGUCGACAUGCCGGGCGGUGUUAGCUAUAACUCGAGCAAAGCAGCCGUUGUACGAGCCACUGCAAGUCUUCAGGAAGAGUUCGAGCAGGAAGGGCUGGGCCAGAAUCUACAUACGUACUGCUUGCAUCCCGGUGGAGUUUGGGGAGCCAUGGUUACAGAAAACACCACUCCUGAAGUGCAACAACAGAUCCGACCAAUUUUCAAGGAUGCACCGGAGCUCUGUGGAAACACGAUUGCAUACCUUGCAAGUGGACGGGCGAAGGAGUUGCGAGGCCAUUAUUUUGACUGCCGGCAAGAGAUUGAACGAGUAUGCAGCUUCGGGUACAAGACCCUCAGGGACUACGGCUUGUACAACCUCGGGGUGAAAUUUCUUCCCGGCUAUGAGAAUGAGCCUUAG